AUGGGGACGGAUCUGGUCUUGGGGUUGAGCUCGUGCCCAAUUUUUCGCAACUUUAUCCUUUCCACGACCACCAACCGCCACCCACCUACUAUCAAACACAGAAUGGCUCGCCGUCGUACAAAGAAAAGAACUCAUAUCACGCCAGUAGAUCCCACCAAGAGUGCAACAGUUGGAGGUCAGCCUCUCAAUGCUUCCGCCUCGCGUACACCCAAGACGAUGGUCAUAAGGGUGGGUGCAAGUGAGGUCGGUCCGAGCAUUAGCGAACUGGUUCGGGACGUACGGGCAAUGAUGGAACCGUAUACCGCCUCACGUCUACGGGAGCGUAAGUCAAACAAGUUGAAGGACUACACCACGAUGGCUGGUCCCCUUGGCGUCACUCAACUUCUUCUCUUUUCCCGUAACGCUGGAUCGGGGUCUGCCACUCUACGAAUUGCGCGCUGUCCGCGGGGACCUACCAUUCAUUUCCGUGUGAAAAACUACUCGCUUUGCAGAGAUAUUAGGAAAAGCAUGAGGAACCCGAAGACUCCGGGGAAGGAGUUCGCUUCUCCACCUUUGUUGGUAAUGAAUAACUUUACUACUCCUCAACCACCGAACGCUGACGGAACGCCCGGGCGCCCACCCCCACACGAAGUACUGCUAACAAGCAUGUUCCAAUCACUUUUCCCGCCAAUCUCCGCCCAGCGGACACCCCUCUCUUCGAUCCGUCGUGUCCUCCUUCUUGACCGUCAGCUGAUGCCAUCAGAUUCUGGCGAUGCCCCAUCAGAAUAUGUCAUAGAAGCCCGACAUUACAUAAUUUCCACGAAGGCUGUCGGGCUAUCAAAGCCAAUCCGCCGCCUCGACGCUGCACAGAGAGCCGUUCGCCAACCCAAGACCUCCCGGAGGGGUGCGCUGCCGAACUUGGGUAAACUGGAGGAUAUUGCGGACUACAUGCUUGACCCCGGCGCCGCUGGAGGAUACACAUCGGAAAGCGAAGUUGAAGAGGAUGCAGAGGUUGAGGUUCUACAAUCCGCGUCUAGCAAGCAGGCUCCUAGAAAGAAACGCACUCCCAAGGGACCUGAAAAGCGCGUGGUAAAAUUAUCAGAGAUUGGGCCUAGGAUGAAGUUGGAGAUGGUCAAGAUCGAGGAGGGACUAGCGGAAGGCAAGGUUCUUUGGCACGCAUGGGAGAAGAAGACCAAAGCGGAGGAGCGGGAGCUGGAGAUUAGGCACAAGCAGAAGAAAGAAGAGAGAGAUAGGAGACGGAGGGAGCAGAUGGAAAAUGUCAAAAGGAAGAAGGCCGAAAAGGCUGCGGCGGGGGAGAAAAAAGGCGGGGGGGAUGGUGGUGGUGACGAGGAAAUGUGGGACGAUGAAUAUGAUGGCGAAGAGGAAAGUGAAGAGGGGAGCGGAGAUGAGGAGGGAGAGGAUGAAAAAAUGGGAGACGAAUGAAGGUUUUGUACAAUGGUCAAUCUUCUUCUAGGCGGGCUGUAAGAUAAUUAUAAAUCUGGAGUCAUUGCGAAAAG